AUGGGUUCCUUCCCGCUCCUCCCAUAUGCUGCUGCUGUAUCCCUCGCUUUUCUCGUCCUCAGGAUCAUCUACCGCCUAUUCUUCCACCCGCUGGCCAAAUUCCCGGGACCUAAACUCGCAGCUGUGACUACGCUCUAUAAUGCUUAUUAUGAUAUCCUAGACUCGGGGCUUGUCAAGUGCUUGCCGGAAUUGCAUGAGAAGUAUGGGCCAAUUGUGAGAAUCCAGCCGGAUGAGAUUCAUGUGGCGGAUUUGGAGGGGUACAACCAAAUCUUCAAAGUCGGCACCCCUUUUGACCGUGUCUGGCACGACAACCCUUUCCUUACGGGCUCUCUACAAUCUUUAACCACCCUCACUGAAACCAGAAAACGCAAAGAAUUUCUCGCACCCUUCUUCUCCAAAGCUGCAAUCCUGCGCGUCGAACCAUAUCUGCACCGCCAAAAACUCACCCAAUUCCUCUCCACGCUUCUCCCCGCCGCCCAAGCAAACCAGGGCAGGGGGUCUGUGUUGGACUUCUUCCUGGCAUUUAGAUGUUUAACUGCGGAUACAAUUAUGGAUUAUUGCUUCCAACAGGAUCUGGGGGCACUGAGUGAGCCCGGGUUUCGAAGUGAGCGGGUUGAGCAGUUUGUUAAGGGGUUUGAUAUGGCGCUUAUUUCGACGUAUUUCCCGACUGUGUUUGGUUUGCUGAAUAGGUUGAUUUUCUCGCUACCUGAAUGGGUGAGGGAGAGGUAUUUUGCGCCGGUCUAUGGGUUUCAGUGUAUGCAAAAGCUGGCACAAGAAAGAGUAGAAUAUCUGAUGGCGAAUCCGGAUUCCACCAACUCCAAAAUUCCGACUAUGUUCGACCUCAUGCUAGCUCCAGACAAGGAAAAAGGUCAAACCACACCCUCGAAACGCGACAUGAUCGCCGAUGGCUGUCUCAUGAUUGCUGCUGGCACGGAUACCACUGCGAAUAUACUUGGUCUCGUGCUCUGGCAUAUCACUCAGAACCCCGAAGUUGAGCAGAAAUUAGUGGAGGAGUUGAAGGAAGGGAUAAGAGAUCGGGAGGAGGUGGUAAGUUCGGCGACAUUGGAGGGUGAUAAGUUUAAGUAUUUGCAGGCGUGUGUGAAAGAGGCGUUGAGGCUGGGUUUAGGGGUUCCAGGGAGAUUAAUUAGAAGGGUGCCGAAGGAAGGCGUAACAAUUUCGGGGAGAUACGUGCCUGGGGGUAUUCGAAUCACAUCCAGCAUCUAUAUGCAAAACACAGACGCAAACACGUUUCCAGAUCCAUUCAAGUACGACCCAGAGCGAUGGAUGUGCGACCCAGAUACAUACAAACAACGCGAGAGGCAAAUGCUAUCUUUCUCGCGUGGUUCGCGAAGUUGUAUUGGAAUUAAUCUCGCGUACGCAGAGCUGCACCUCACGACCGCGCAUCUUUUCCGUCGUUUUGAGAUCUCAACUACGGGAUAUACUUCGGAAUGGGAUAUGGAUUGGAAUGAUCGGUUCGUGCCAGUGCCAAAUGGGAGGAUCAAGGGGCUUAUUAGGGUUCGUGAAGAGUGACUUUUUACUCUCUACGAGGGCUGUAGGAGUUUCCCCUAUGAUAGACUUCAAUGAGGUCGGAGUAUUCCAACCUUGAAAUAAAUGC